GAAGCGCACGCUUUAACUGCACGUCUAACGCACUCUUCUCCCGAACCAUUACCUUUCCCAUUCCUUACUUUGUUAAUAUCUGGUGGUCAUACUCUAACUUUAAUCGCUCACGGAAUUGGUCAUUAUACGCAACUUGGUACAACUAUAGAUGAUUCUAUAGAACAAUAUGCUUCGAAUGGUGAUCCUGAAAAAUAUGUGGUUCCAAUACCAAUGAGGAAAGAUGCGAAAAGGAAAAAUGAAAUGAAUUAUAGUUUUAGCGGGUUAAAAACUUCUAUAAGAGAUUUAGUUGAAAAGAAUAAAUUGAAUCUGAAUGAUGAACGUGUGAAAAAUGAUUUAGCUGCAACAUUUCAACGUGCUGCAAUUAUACAUUUAGUUGAUAAAUUAGAAUUGGCUUUUGAAUGGUGUAGAAACAAUGGUGUCUCUUUAACUGCGUUGGUUGCUAGUGGUGGUGUUGCAAGUAACAAAAGCAUUCGAUCAACUCUGGAACAAUUGGCGAACGAACGGCAUAAUAUUCCAUUAAUUUGCCCACCUCCGCACUUAUGCACCGAUAAUGGCAUAAUGAUCGCUUGGACGGGUGUUGAGCGAUUUCGUGCUGGAUUGAUUGAUGAAUAUACUAUUGAUCAUAUACCAAAAUGGCCUAUUGCAAACAAAU